CUGGAGUAAUAUUUUUUUUUCUUGUGCUUUAUCACAGGUUUUAAUCACUCGUCUAAUUCGGGAACAAUCGCGAUCCGAUAAAGAGGCCGUGGAAGCAAAGAUCUUUUUUUAGCGGAGUGGCCCAAUCAGGCACUACGCAUUUAAGAUUCCGACUAUUUAGUCAGGUUGGCGAUGACAAAAACAAAAACAAGAGCUUGGUCAAGGGGAAAAAAAAAGCCCAUUUUGGGAAGGUGGAGUGGUUGACUCAUUUGACGAGACCAUCCUUUUCCCUUAUCUAAAACGCAGUCCUCACUUUCGAAUAUUUAUCCUUUAUCGUUCGGCUUUACUUACUUUGCUUGUUAUUUUUUAUUAUUAUUUCCUUUUUCUCUUUUCUUUUUUCUUCCCGUCAAAGUUUUUAUUAGAGAAAAAUGGCGCACGCUGCUCGUUUGAAGUCUGUUGUUGAGAGUCUGACAAGAGGUCACAGAAACAUCGAAUUCCCCACCAAACCCGAUGGUCGUCCUCAGUCAGUGGCCGAAGUGUUUGGACAGAACGUGUUCACGCUCAAGGAAAUGUCAAAGAUGUUGCCCAAACCGGUGUUCAAGAGUUUUAUUCGACAGUUGAAGGGUAACUCUGCAUUGGACAAGGUGACCGCCGAUGCUAUUGCACACGCUGUCAAAGUCUGGGCUUUGGAACGCGGUGCUACCCAUUUCACUCAUUGGUUCCAGCCUUUGAACGAUUCCACGGCCGAAAAGCACGAUGCUUUCUUAACACUCAAAUCAACCUUCAACAACGGAUUCGAGGAGGUUACUGCUAUCGACACAUUUUCCGGAUCUCAGUUGCUUCAGUCCGAACCUGAUGCCUCUUCCUUCCCCUCUGGUGGCAUGCGUACCACCUUUGAAGCACGUGGUUACACUGUUUGGGAUACCAAGAGUCCCAUGUUCAUUCAAGAAGGUCCCCACGGUACUGCUAUUCUGUAUAUUCCUUCCGUCUUCAUUUCUUACAAUGGUGAAGCUUUGGAUGAAAAGUCGGUUCUUUUGCGAUCUUCCGAAGUAUUGAACAAGAUCAGUACCGAAGUGCUCCAACUUAUCGAACCUGUGGAUGAGGAUCAUCCUCGUACCAAGCAGGUCAUCACCACCCUCGGUACCGAACAAGAAUACUUCUUGAUCGAUCGUGCUUUGUACACUUUGCGUCCCGAUUUGAAGAUUUGUGGUCGCACCUUGUUGGGCGGUCUUCCCCCUCGCCACCAGCAAUUGGAAGAUCAUUACUUUGGCAAGAUUCCUACCCGUGUUCUCGCCGCCAUCAGUGAGUGUGAAUUGGAACUCGCCAAGUUGGGUGUUCCCGUCAAGACUCGCCACAACGAAGUCGCUCCUGCUCAGUUUGAAGUGGCCCCCAUUUUCGAAGAAGCCAUGUUGGCUGUCGAUCACAACUUGUUGACCAUGGAUGUGCUCCACCGUGUGGCUCAUCGUCACAAGCUCAAGGUCUUGUUCCACGAAAAGCCUUUCCGCGGUGUCAACGGUUCUGGCAAGCAUUGUAACUGGUCUUUGUGCACAGACAAGGGCGACAACUUGUUGGAUCCCUCCGCCACACCUGAAACCAACUACCGUUUCCUUAUCUUCUUGGUCGCUGUCUUGAAGGGUGUUCAGGAUCACGGUGAUUUGUUGCGUGCCGGUAUUGCUUCCGCUUCCAACGAUCAUCGUCUCGGUGCUCACGAAGCUCCUCCCGGUAUCAUUUCCGCUUUCUUGGGUAGCCAGUUGAACGAAGUCUUGAACGCUGUGGAAGAGGGUCGUCCCGUCAACGAUUUGGCUGCUGGUACUCAAUUGCAGCACGUCCGUGUCAAGGGAACUGUGCUCGAUCUCAAGGUGGCCACUUUGCCCAACAUUUCCCGUGAUUUGACCGAUCGUAACCGUACUUCGCCUUUCGCUUUCACCGGUAACAAGUUCGAAUUCCGUGCCGUCGGUUCCAAGCAGUCCGUUUCCUUCCCUGUGACUUUGCUCAACUCUUGUGUCGCUUCGGCCCUUCAUGAAGUGCGUGACGCUCUCAAGAAGCAAAUGGGUGACAAGCCCGUGGCUUCCGAGGAAGAUCAAAUCGCUGUUAUCCGCGAAUUCAUCAAAAAGACAAAGAACAUCCGUUUCGAAGGUGACAACUACUCUGACGAAUGGGUCCAGGAGGCUGCUAAGCGUGGUCUUCCCAACAUCGUCAAAUCACCUGAUGCUUUCCGUCGCUUGUUGAAGGAUGUCAAUGCUUCCAUGCUCCAGAAUCUCGGUGUCUUCUCCGACGCCGAAUUGCAGUCGCGUUACCACAUUCUAAUCGAGAAAUAUGCCAAGGAUGUCACCAUCGAGGCCCAGACGUUGUUGACCAUGGUCACUCAGCAAGUACUUCCUGCUGUAUUCCAGUACCGUCGUGAUUUGGCUGAAGCGGCUUCGUUUAUGAAGAACGUGGGUGUGGAAUCAUCUCCCGAAGUUCAACUGUUGAACGAGUUGACGCCCAUUGUGGCCGAAUUGCAGAAGCGUACGAACAGUUUGGACAAAUUGAUGGAAGACAACAACAAGUAUGAAGAUUUGGUCAAACUUGCUGACGUCGUCAGUGACGAAGUGUUGCCUGCCAUGGAAGCUGUACGUACAUUGGCCGAUCAAUUGGAACGUAUGGUCGCCGACAAGUUGUGGCCUAUUCCCAAGUACACCGAAUUGUUCUUGAACAUCUAAGCGCCAUUUUUACUUGAAAAUGGAACUUGGGAACUCUGUUGAAACCCGAAAAUGGCAACCAAAUGGCAGCAAAAAUCAUUUUUUUUUUCUCUUAUUGCUUUAUUUCUUUUCCCCACAUACUCUCGUCCUUUCAUUUGAUUUUCUUCUAUUUCUUUUCUCUCUUUCUCUCUCUCUCUCUCUCUCUCUCUCUCCUAUCGUUUUAUAAUCACAUAUCAUCAUUAAAGCUUUUGAUCACUCACGGUUGUAAAAAAAAAAAAAAAAACAAAA